UCAGGUACUAAUUUCUUUUUCUUUUUUAUUACAUUAUAUUUUUUUUACCGUAUUAAAUAUCGCCGCAAUUUCCUAGGGUUUUCAUUUCCCCCAAAUUGAGUAGUCUAGUAGUGCAGCUACAAAGUCCUCUCUCUGCUUCGAGGGUAUACGUCGGCAAAAUCUCGUCGUCUUCUUCUUCAUUAUAAAUUUAGUCGGUGUUGGCUUGAUUUAGCGUGUUUCAAUUUCUAUCUCAAGUUGCAGAAAAAUCAAAUCUCAGCCUUUUUUCUGGACGAAUCUCUGAAGUUUUCUUUUAAUUGAAAACUUUGAUUUCUUCUUACAGAGGGAGGGUUUUCUGUUUGAUUCACUAGUGUUAAUCUUGGUUUUGGUCGGUAUUCUUAUCGACGAAGGUUUAGAUUGCCUAUCAAUAAAAGGUUAUUUCUGGAGUUAUCUGCAGAUGGGGGGCUAUAAAAUCUGAGCUAUUCUGCAAAUCUCAAACCAAUGAGGAAAGGAUUAUGUUUUCUGAGAUAAAGGGGCUUUGGAAAUGGAGUUUAAUUACCCAGUUAGAGAUAAGGGUGUGAAUUAUUGGGCUUCUUCUUCUUCUUCUUCAUCAGCUCCUGUUCAUAUUGAUGGGGGUUUCUUAGAUAGUAGUAAUCAGAUUUCAAUGGAUUCGUUUAAUAAUUUCUCAGGCUUGAUGAAUUUCGAUUAUAGUGGUGGAGAUGGUGAAUUCUGUAGUGGUGGUUCUCCUGAUUGUUUUUCUGUUCCAUCAAUUUCUGAUGGAUUUGUAACUUUCAGUCCUUUGAAUUUCACUUCACAGAGUUCAUGUGUGUUUCCUAUGAUUGAUGGUGGUGGUGGUGGUGGUGGUUGUUCUCCAGAUGCGGCGGCGUUCUCUGAUAAAUUGGUGUUUCAACAAGUUGAUGAUACUACACAAGUUGAUUUGCCAUUGAAUGAAUCUACAGAUGUGAACGAUUCUGAUGGGGGGCAAUUGAGUAAUAAUGAAUUGUCUCCAGUGAGAAUGAGUGAUAUGAUGGUAGAUGUUGUGAUUCCGAGGCCGCUUUCAUGGACAUUUUCUGAAAGAAUGCUGAAAGCUUUGGGGAUGUUUAAAGAUUCGUCUGGAGGUGGUAUUCUUGCUCAAGUUUGGGUACCUGUGACACAGGGAAAUGAGAUUGUCCUAAGUACUUGUGAACAACCUUAUUUGUUAGAUCAAAUGCUCGAAGGAUAUCGUGAAGUAUCGAGGGGCUUUACAUUUCCUGCUAAAGAGAAGCCUGGUUGUUAUCCUGGACUUCCUGGUCGUGUUUUUAGUUCUAAAUUGCCUGAAUGGACUUCAAAUGUUAUGUAUUACAAUAUGGUUGAGUACUUGCGCUUGAAAUAUGCAAUUGAUCAUGAAGUUCGUGGAUCUCUUGCAUUACCUAUUAUCAAUCCGGAAGACCAGUCUUGUUGUGCUGUCCUUGAGCUUGUCACUGUGAAAGAAAAAUCUAAUUUUGAUCCUGAGAUUGAGAAUGUUUGCCGCGCUCUUCAGUCUGUGAACUUGAAGACCAUUCCACCACCUCGAGUUCAUCCACAGUGCUUCUCAAAGAACCAAAGAGCUGCGCUGGCAGAAAUAGUUGAUGUGCUAAGAGCUGCUUGUCAUGCACAUAGACUACCAUUGGCUCUGACAUGGAUUCCUUGUAGCUACCCGGACGUGGCAAAGAAUGAACAUAUUGAGAUGUCCUUGCGAGAGAAUAAAAAUAGUUCUAGCGAAAAAAGUGUACUGUGUGUUGAGGAUACUGCGUGCUAUGUGAAUAACACAGAUAUGCAAGGGUUUGUGCAUGCAUGUACAGAACAGUUCCUCGAGAAAGGACAAGGUAUUGCUGGAAGAGCACUUCAAUCGAAUCAUCCUUUCUUCUCCCCUGAUGUAAAGGAAUAUGCUAUCAGAGAUUACCCUCUGGUACAUCAUUCACGCAAGUACGGUCUGAAUGCUGCGGUUGCAAUCAGACUAAGGAGUACUUACACUGGCGAUGAUGAUUACAUACUCGAGUUUUUUCUCCCUACCAAUUGCACAGGGAGUGCAGAGCAACAACUGUUGUUAAAUAGUCUUUCUAACACAAUGCAAAGGGUUUGUAGGAGUUUGCGAACUGUCUCAAAUGCAGAACUAGUAGGUGUGGACGAGUCAAAACUAGGAAUUCAAAAGGGAGCACCAAUAAACUUACCAUCUAGUAUGUUGUCCGGUAACCCAGAUUGCCGAUCGGAUUCAGCUGAAAGGCUGGCUUUGCACCUGUCUGAUGCUAUGAGUGAUGGCACUGAAGCUGAUAGGUCCUCUGAUCAGAUGGUGAGCGGCUUAAAAAGACAGCGGGAGAAAAGGCAAACUACAACUGAGAAGAAUAUCAGCUUAAGUGUUCUUCAGCAAUACUUUUCUGGGAGCCUCAAGGAUGCGGCAAAAGCCAUUGGUGUAUGCCCUACUACGUUGAAACGGAUAUGCAGACAGCAUGGAAUCUCGAGAUGGCCAUCUCGCAAAAUAAACAAGGUGAAUCGAUCUUUAAGGAAAAUAAAGACCGUGAUUGAUUCAGUCCAAGGAGUUGAAGGAGGGUUGAAGUUUGAUCCUAUCACUGGGGGGCUUGUAGCAGCAGCCACCUUCACCCCAGACCACGAUGCACACAACAGCUUUUUCUCACACAAACAACAGACUACUAAAAAUUCAGAUUCAGGAGGCCAAGAUGUAAUUUCAGUUAGUUCAGUUCCUUACAUCGAGUGUGAGAACGGUGUUGUGAAGUUGGAAGAUGAUGGGUGCACAAUGGGUAGAUCCCAACUUGGGAGUAUAGGUCGUAUGCUUCUUAAUCAUACUUGCAAAGUGGAGAAAGGGAACUCCAAUAUCCCUCUUGUUGAACUAGGCUCCGGACCGUUACAAGAAGUUGGUAUUGAAAGUAUGCCUUGGGAAUCUAUUGAAGAUGUCUCACAAAGCUCUUAUUUUGCAAAACGGAGGUGUGAAGGGUGGAUUUCGAACAAUGGAGGUGCAUGUGCUGUUGAGACCACUUCUAAGUUAGCAGUUGAUGAGAUGGAUAUGGGCAUCGAGGCGUAUGAUGGGGUAGUUGAGCACAACCAACCAACAUGUUCAGACACGACUGGUUCAUCCAACGGUUCAGGCUCAAUGGUGAAUGGCUGCACAUCCAGCUCCCUGCACACUCAGAAUACUUCUAAAAGCAAAUCAUCUGCAAGUAGCGAAUCUGCAAUUACAGUGAAGGCUACUUAUAAAGAAGAUACAGUGCGUUUCAAGUUUGAACCUUUUGCUGGAUGUCAGCAGUUGUUUGAAGAAGUAGGGAAGAGAUUCAAAUUAUCAACUGGGACAUUUCAGCUCAAGUACUUGGAUGAUGAGCAAGAGUGGGUUAUGUUGGUGAGUGAAUCUGAUUUAGAAGAGUGUUUGGAGAUACUAGAAACUAUCGGGUCUCGCAGUAUGAAACUUGUUGUGCGAGAUGUUCCUUGCGUAAUGGGUAGCUCUGUUAGUAGCAAUUGCUUGAUCACAUGAGAUGGUUAAAAUUUCGCGAGAACAAGUUUUCAUCCCGAACCGAUAAGAUUGUCUCUAGGGCUAAGGCAGAUGUAGAAUCACUUUUACCGGUUUGUUUUUGUUGUUGGGAGGGAUUCAUAAUAUCCCUUGGUUGAUGUAAAAAAUAUACAUAUGUACAUUCUCUUAUGAAGGAAUAAUAAUGCAUCAGAGUACUGCGCUGUUGUUUUAUGUACAGAAUGAUAAAAGCUUAGGUUCAUGAAGAGUUAUGAAAGAACUAGAAUCCGUUUUUCGGCA